AUGUGUGAGAUGAAGGAGAGAGAGAGAACCGGGAACUGAGGAGAGACGAGCCCGAAGGAGGUUGGGGCAGAGAUGUAUGAAAUGCCGGGGAAAUCCUCCGCCGUCCUCAUCAUCCGUGUCGGAGACGCCUUCUGCAGGUCGUGCUUCAGAGAAUACUUUGUACACAAAUUCCGGGCCAUGCUGGGCAAGAACAGAGCGGUGUUCCCUGGGGAGAAGGUUCUGUUGGCAUAUUCUGGAGGGCCGUCAUCCAGCGCCAUGAUCCAGCAGAUCCGAGAGGGACUGAGCCGGGACGCUCCCAAGAAGCUGCGUUUUAUACCCGCCAUUGUUUUCAUUGAUGAGGGCGCAGUCCCCUGCGGUCAGAGCUGGAGGACCGGGAGCGGGUCAGGUGGGAAAUGGAGAGCAUCCCUAAAAGCCACCCGCAUUCCCAUUUCAUGUCUUGUCCCUGGAGCAGCUUUUUCUCUCUGCCGGGAUCCGUGCUUCAGACAAAUCUCCCUCAGCGGGAAGGGAACUACAAGCAGGCGGUGGGCAGAUUCAUGGGACAGCAGAGAGCGCAGACGGGGGGCGGGAUAUCCACGGGACAGCCACAGAGCGCAGACGGGGGGGGAAAGCGCAGACGGGGGAAGGGAUAUCCACGGGACAGCACAGAGCGCAGACGGGGGACGGGAUAUCCACGGGACAGCACAGAGCGCAGACGGGGAAGGGAUAUCCACGGGACAGCACAGAGCGCAGACGGGGGAAGAGGGAUAUCCACGGGACAGCAGAGAGCGCAGACGGGGGAAGGGAUAUCCACGGGACAGCACUCAGAGCGCCAGACGGGGGAAGGGAUAU